AUGAAAAAAAAGGAGGAGGAGAAACAUGGAGGAUCGCUGAGGUUAAGAGCUGGGAGUGGGAGUCGUUAUGGAGGUUCUAAGUUUAGAAGGGGUCGGUUGCUUGUCGAUGGAAGAAAGAGCACAGACGGUGGUCUAAUGUGGGUACAGAAGGGAGAGAUCUCCGAUGGCAAUGGGAUUCUCAUUCAAGAAGCUAAAGCUAAAGCCAAUCGUGGGGGGCAAAAAAUAGCACAUGAUGAUGAAAUAUCAGAUACUAUUGUCGAUGGACUUAUAGAUGUGUAUGCUAGGGAAGGUCCCACUGAUUUGGAGGAAGUCAUGCGAUUAGAUGUAGAAGCUAUUGAAAAUGAAUUAAAUAGCAGCGGUGUGGUAGUUGAUGAUAAAAAUGGGGAAACUAAUGAAGCUAUAGAAGAUGAUGUUUUUUGUAUUGCGACCACUCUAGAUGAUUGUGGUAUAGGACCCGCAACUAUUUAUGAGGUUAUGAAAACUAUGUCAGGUGGAGCCUCCAAGGUGGGUUUGCCAGAGUUGGCAUUUAAGAACUUUAUGAAGAGGAAAAACCAGAAGUUUCUUGGGGUGGAUUUACAAAGAUUGUUGGAAUACUUACACCACACGAAACUAUGUGAUCCUGAAUUCUUUUGCAAAAUAGCCAAAACGGAGGACGGUACAGUGCGAGGUAUAUUUUGGGUUGAUGGACAGGCAAGAGCUGUAUAUCGUGUAUUUGGUGAUGUCCUGGUAUUUGAUACAACAUAUAAGAAGAAUAGAUAUCACUUCCCAUUUGGUCAUUUUGUUGGAGUAAAUCAUCAUGGUCAGACUACUUUGUUUGGAUGUGGGUUGAUAGCAGAUGAGACGAUUGAGUCAUUUAUUUGGUUAUUCUCUACGUGGUUGGAAGCAAUGGAUAAUCGACCACCUAUGGCAAUUAUUACAGACCAAUGUCCAUCACUGUUGAGGGCCAUUCUACAUGUGUUUCCAAGCGCAAAGCGUUGGUACUGUUCAUGGCAUGUGCAAAAACACUUUAUAGAACACUUGAGCCAUUUGUAUGGGACGAGUCCGUCAUUUAAAAAUAAUUUUGGGAGGUGUAUAUAUGGUAGUAAGACUGAAAAUGAAUUUGAGACAAGGUGGCAAGAGUUAUUAAUAACUUAUAAUCUCGUUGAACAUGAGUGGUUGGGGAAGAUGUACAAGCAACGGGUUCAUUGGGUACCAUUAUAUCUUAAAGGUACUUUCUUCGCUGGUAUGUCGUCCACACAACGUAGCGAGGGGAUAAAUUAUUAUUUUCGUGGUUACUUUAAGCAAUCAAUCCCAUUGCACAAGUUUGCACAACAAUAUGAAAAUGCUGUACAAAGACGUAGAGAGAGGGAAACUAGUAGUGAUUUUUCCAGUCUCAACAGAAGACCUCCACUGUUAGUUGGUAAUCCUUUGGAGAUAUAUACAUCUAAAGUUUAUACGAGGAAGAUUUUUGAAAUCUUUAAGAAGCAGUGGUCUGUAACACUGGUAUUGACAACCACAGAAGAGGAAGUACAUGGUCAAAAGAAAAAGUAG